UGCCUGUGUCUAGGGUAAGUAUGGAUACAACGUUACCAUGGUGACGGAUGCAGUUGAGUGGGCGUCUGCUACAACAAUGGCUGGAGCAAAACCAAAGAAUUCAUCUGUUGCACGGGAGAAUGCAGAAAUCCAUUAUCAGCCCGAAGUUUCUAUAGAAUCUGAUCGUAUACUUGGUGUGUUGGACAGCGCCAUACGUAACAUGGAAUUAGUUGUUUCAGAGGCCAGUAUCAUCUUCAUUGGAUACAUGAAGCAGCUACGUAACUGUAUUGCACAGAGAUUGGCCAUUACCCCCAUAAAAGAACUGGAAAAACAAAAGAAUUUGCACCGCAUAUGGCAUCGUAACCUGAAAGCUAAGGCUGAUAUAAUAAGAUUAAGAGAUGAACUUGAAACUCAGAGGAAUGAAGGUAAUGCACAGCUUGCAGAAAAAGAUAUCUCAAUUCAGAAGAAUGAGGAACAUAUUGAUAAACUGAAAAAACACUGUAAGGAUAACAUUAAAAAAAGAAUAAAUGAGUCAGAAAGAAAUAUGAUAAGUGAUUGGAAACAGAGUGAAUGCAGACAAGAGGGACUUCAGAUAGAGCUUAAGGAUGCUGAAAAAAAAUUUGAGAACUUGCUCUCAGAACACUUGCAGUGUGAAAAGGACUUGAAAGCAAACAAGCAAAAUGUUGAAUUACAGUUGCUCACUGUGCUGAAUAAAUAUGAUAAAGAUAUGGGACAGCUACAGGCUACACUUGAAGAGAUUAUUGAAGGUUUCAACAAAGAGAAGCAACAGAUGAGAGAGUUACAGGAGCUGUUUAACAUCCAGGAAAUGGAGUACACGAGGUUAAUGACUGAAAAAGCUGAAGAUGAACAACGCGAACUGGACCAUAAAAUAUACAUUUUCAUUACAAACAGAUGUGCACGCAGAAUUCAGCAUGCCUGGAGAGAAUACAAACAAAGAAAGCUUUCAAAGCGUAAAGGGAGAAAGAAGAAGAAAAAAUAAAAUGGUUAUUUUUCACAUUUUCUGUACAAAAAAACAAUAUAAAGAUACAUAGAUAGUUAGAUAGUAGUAGUAGUAGUAGUAGUAGUAGUUACUUCAUUCAGUGACAGUGUACAUUGUAUGGAUUUCAUCAAAGAACAUAGUAUAACAAAAAUAAGAUAGGGUGUACAGUUUCCUACAUAAUACAUUGGUUCAUUGUAUCCAUCACAAUAUUUUUGGGUAAUACAACUUUGAUUUCUGUAAUAAUAUAAAAGUAUGAGAAGGAUCUUUUACAUGAAAUACAUUACAGGUAAAUAAUUGAUUUAACACUUUUGUCCAUGGCGUUUUACAUGAAAUACAUUACAAGUAAAUAAUCGAUUUAAUGCUUUUGUUCAGAAAAUUUAACAUUGAGGCUGUGGCAAGCAUUUGAUUUAUGUUACUAUUAUUAUAUAGUAAAUGAAUGUAGUUACUUCCUAUAAGGUUACUGCAAAAUAUUGCUUCAUUGAAUGUAGACAAUGUUUUUAUUUCUCUUAGCUGAGUUGGAAGUUUGUUGUACAAAAUUUGAAUAUUGGUUUAUUUUUGUGUUAAAGCCUUGUUUACUCUUUUUAUGUGGAUGUCAUUGCACAUUCUUUAUUGUAGGAAUGAAGAUCUGAGUUGGCUUUAUAAUUAUCAAUGUGCGUUUUUAUAUUAACAACACUUUUUUAUGUAGAGGCAUGGUUUGGGUAGAAUAUUUAGGUAUUGAAAUAACUGUUUGGAAGGUGUUAGCCUUGUACUGUUUGAAAUUAUUCUGACAGCUUGUUUUUGUAAGGUGAAGAUGGUUUUCGUGUUUGCCUUAUUAUGACUCCAGAGGGUUAGGCCAUAGGUGAUAGCAGAAUGGAUGUAAGCAAUGUAGACAGUUCUGCUACACUCUGCUACACACAGUACUAAUUAUGUGUAAUGCAAAGCAAGCAGACCUUAACUUGUUAGUAAGGUAGAGAAUGUGGGCUUUCCAGCCUAAAUUUUCAUCAGUUUGCACAUCUAAGAAUUUUGUGGCAGCUACCCUUUCAAUUUGUUUAUUUUGAAUUUUGAGGUUCUCAUCAUGAUGAGACUUUGUUUUCCUGUAAUGUAUAUAAUGAGUUUUUGAAAUAUUUAAGGUUAGCCUGUUCAGUAGUAUUUAUUUAUUUAUUAUCAUCCCAAUGAUCACAUUUGUGAUAUAGGAUUUGUCAGGAAACAU